AUUAAGACGUGGGACAUGAAACCUGUAGAACAUAAGAGGGCUGGAACUACAGGGGUGUACCCCGACCGAUUUGUGCAGAGCUGGGUGGAAAUCAACCUGGGGGCCUCCAGCACGUGAGGCGAGCCACACCCCAACCCCAGAGAGCCACUCCCGCAGCCAGCCAGAGGUCUGCGUGGGUGACAGGAAGAGCCCAACAGCCCCAGCUCGCAGCACUCGGACGCCCCGCCCCUGCAGUCGUUCUCGCGGAAUCGGCCGCGGGCUGACCCCGCCCUCUGCCUGUAGCCGCUCGGGGAACCGGACGGCGUCCGUCAGGGGACACAAGUCGGAGCACAGCGCUUACUACCACCGGGACAAGUUUUUACUUUGAGUAAUCCUUAAAUGAAGAGUGGGUAAAGUGUAUAUACGGAAGAGAGACUCCAAUCAACAAUAUCAAUAAGUUGAAAAAGAAAAAUGUUGUCCUUAAAUAACCUACAAAAUAUCAUCUAUAACCCGAUAAUCCCCUAUGUGGGCACCAUUACUGAGCAAUUGAAGCCUGGCUCUCUGAUUGUGAUCCGUGGACAUGUCCCUAAAGAUUCAGAAAGAUUUCAGGUUGACUUUCAGCUGGGCAACAGCCUGAAGCCAAGAGCAGACGUGGCCUUCCACUUUAACCCUCGCUUCAAAAGGUCUAGCUGCAUUGUUUGUAACACACUGACACAGGAGAAGUGGGGCUGGGAGGAGAUCACCUACGACAUGCCCUUCAGAAAAGAAAAGUCCUUUGAGAUCGUGUUCAUGGUGCUCAAGAACAAAUUCCAGGUGGCUGUGAACGGAAAGCAUGUUCUGCUGUACGCCCACAGGAUCAGCCCGGAGCAGAUCGACACAGUGGGCAUCUACGGCAAAGUGAACAUCCACUCCAUCGGGUUCAGAUUCAGCUCGGAUUUACAGAGUAUGGAAACAUCUGCCCUGGGACUGACACAGAUAAACAGAGAGAAUAUACAAAAGUCAGGCAAGCUCCAGCUGAGCCUGCCAUUUGAAGCAAGGUUGAAUGCCUCCAUGGGUCCUGGACGAACCGUUGUCAUUAAAGGGGAAGUGAAUACCAAUGCCCGAAGCUUUAAUGUUGACCUGGUGGCAGGAAAAACAAGGGAUAUCGCUCUACACUUGAACCCACGCCUGAAUGUGAAAGCAUUUGUAAGAAAUUCCUUUCUCCAGGAUGCCUGGGGAGAAGAGGAGAGAAAUAUUACCUGCUUCCCAUUUAGUCCUGGGAUGUACUUUGAGAUGAUAAUCUACUGUGAUGUCCGGGAAUUCAAGGUUGCUAUAAAUGGUGUGCACAGCCUGGAGUACAAACACAGAUUUAAAGACCUAAGCAGUAUUGAUACACUAUCAGUUGAUGGGGAUAUCCGUUUGCUGGAUGUAAGGAGCUGGUAGCUACCAUGACUGCCAAAAACCCCGAAAUACAAAAUGGCUUAUCCGGUACUGGCCAUGUCAAAUGCAUCUCGCUUUCACCACAUUGUUUAUAUUGCUAAGACGAGCUCCUCCAACAUCAAGUCCUACUGGUGUUGUCAGGUCUGGCCAUGCAGUACAUUCAGAGGAACAGAGCCGGGGCAAUCACAGCUCAUUGCCGGCGAGCCUCUGCACACUGGGUCCCUCUUAUAAACCACACUCAACAAAUAUUUAAGUGCCUAAUAUACUACAUAUACUAGCUAAUAGGGAUGGCAAGCAUACUUACUUUGUAUAGUCUCUGAGCCGGACAGACAUGGCAGGGCCCAGAACUUGUGUGGUCCAUGUUUUCUGGCACUUCGUACCAGUUUCUGGCCUCCUAAUGUAGGGUCUUCUUGCUGGCAUUGCAUUAACCCCACUAGGGGCCUUUGCAGUUAAGGUCAGAAAAAUAUACUAAUGGAUGACAAACACUACUUCCCCAGCAACCCUUUUCAUAAUCAGCAUUCUAUCAUAUCUCAUAAUUGAAGACUGCAUAACAUUUACUUAACUCUCACCGCUUUAAACUUUAUAAAAUGUAUGAUGCUGAACACAGCAGAAAAACUGAGGCCAAAACCCUGAAUUAUGACAAAACAAGUGUUCUGCUCCAAGCAGAUUUCUGCUGGUUGAUUGGCGCUCAAGUCCAGGGUGUGUGUGGGUACCUGUGGCAAAGUAAGGCAGAAGUUGGAUAAACUGUGUAAAGAAAGCCCUCUUGGAUGUACAGUGAAUAUAUAAAACAAGCACUAUCAAAGUAGACCCCACCCAGGGGCGUAGUGUGAAAGGCUGAGUUGGUGUGGAGACUAGCCCUCCUGCCUUUGGGUCUGAAGAUGUCGGUCUACAUCAGCAGCGAGGUGCCUGUCUGCUAAGUCAGCUUGCAUCAGCAGAUUCAGCUUCUACACUCCUGUGACUUCCAGGAUUUGAUUGGAGCCCUAGGUAGUCUUUCUCCACGGGUCCAAUCGUGUUACAGAUGUCAAAGGUUUGGGUGUGGGGAAGAGGAAGAGCUAAUUUUAUCAGAUCACUGUAUGACAUUAAACCACAGGACAGAAUUCUGCCAGGGUUUAGGAGUAUUCAGCUAAUCUGCUUAGAUAUAUGUACUCGUGCAUAUGAAAUAAUACCAUCAGCAGUCUUACUCAAGGCAGCAACUGCUAGUCCUUCAUUUUCAUGCAAAUUUAUUGUGUUUACUCUUCAAUGUGAGGUGGUGGGUGGAACGGAGGCCAGGAGGCUCUAGAGUUCUCCAGAGUUAUGUCUUCAUAAAGAACGCAUUACUGAGACAUUGGGGGCUCAAAGGCACUCAGGAAAAAAAAAAGCUCAUUCAUACAAAAGCUUAUUUUCAUUUCUAUUUUUACACAAUUAAGACUGUUCUAAGUAGAUUCAGUCUUAAGUUCUUAGAUUUUGGUCUUUUUAAAAAGCUGCUGGAAUUUAGGUUGUGAGGCCUUCUCUUGUAUAUUCUGAAAUUCUAUCUCUAAACUGCAAAAUGCCUUUUUGCUUGUCCUAAUUCUGCAUUAAAAAAGUUUUAUAUUAAACUGGAA